AUGUCGGGCCUAAACCCUGGCUUUACCACCAAAAACACAGCCGAUGCAGGCGCCUCCUCGGCAACCAAGACGACAGACCAAACCGAAGGCAUCUUCGAAGACGCCAGCAGCGACAUGAAAUCCAAACAGCAAGGCUCCGUCCUCGGCUCGAACCUCCAAGGCGGCAUGCUCGAUCAAAUCGGCGGCAGCUCUUCCGGGCAUCCCGCGCUCGGCUACGACGCCAAGCACGGCAGCUCGGUGACGGGCACCGCAGAAGCCACGGGCAAGGAUCUGUACGAGGACGCCCGCAAGGGGGCUUCCCGCGCCGAGAACUCCGCCAGCAACACCCUCGAGCAACUCAAGGGCACGGCGGCCGAGUAUGCCGACAGCGCAAAAGACACGGCGGGGAACAUGAGUGCGGGGGCCCAGAACGCGGCGCACGAUGCCACGAGUGGGAGUGGCAGUCACGGCGGAUUGCUCGACACCGUCCGGGAGAAAGUGAGUAAUGUGUUUGGCGGGGCUCAUACUACCGCGCAGAGUCGGCAGGCGAGCAACUUUGACGCAGGCGCGUCGAGUGCGACGAAGAACACCGAUUUGACCGAGGGCAUCCACGAGGAUGCGAGCAAGGGUAUUGAGAGCGUCAAGGGGGCGACGACACGGAGCCAUUGA